AUGCCGAGGAACGUGAGGAAGAACCCAAGAGAUGUCACUAAGCUCUCGGGAAAACCUCUGGCUGAAACGAUAGAGCCAUCACCUGUCCUGAAAACCCUGCAGGAGGGAUGGGUAACCUCGCCAGAUCUAAUAGAGGGCGAUCUCCCUUUCACCCCGGAGGUCAUCCAAAAUAUGACGACUUUCCUGUUGGCGAAUCCCAAUCUGAAUUCAAGCCACUUGUUCCGCGCGGAUAUUCUUUAUGAUAGCCUGGGCGUUCUCAGCACCCCGCAUGCAAAGGAGGAAAGUCAAGAUCAUGGGAGCGGCGGCACAGUCAAAGAUACCCCAAAAGAAGACCAUGUUGAGCCGCUUGCCGCGAGGAGUGUACCUGGAUUUGAACUAAAGAGGGCCAUUGUGAGAAGGCUGAUUCCUCGAAACAAGAAUUUGGACCGGCCCCUGGAACAGACCUGUCAUUUUUAUGAGGCGGAUGAACUCCUCCCAACGUCUACUAGUACAGAUAUUUCUCAAAGUGAGCAAUGUGAAUCGAGGACUGAGUCGCCUCGCCAACGCUUCCUGGUCAUCUACCUGCCACAUGUCUCGUCCAAGGAGGAGAUGCCGUGGUACCACCCCCUGCUACGAUCAUUGGCCUUCCUGUACGAUUUCACACCCGAUGCUUCUCUACAUUCAUCUGAAGAGAAGAAAGGCACAGGAGUAAUGUCGGUGCACUUCUUACCAUACGAGGAAGAACCAAUCCAGAACCGUCUAGAGCGCACCUUGCUCGCACUUCUGAGUACUCAGAUCCGGCUUGCUCGUCAGACGCGCCUGGACGAGAAGCCAGAAGGAGGGAACUACAACCCGCACAAAGAUAACGUGAUACCAAGGCACCUAGUGCAAGACACUUACGCGCGACUCAAGUUGAAGUACGCGGCGGACCUAUGUGAGAAUUGGGUCGAGGAGACUGAACCGAACAAGCAUGUUUUCGAAGAUCUCUCGAUCACGGCCUUCCUUAUUGAGCUGUGGAGGAGCAUGUACGGAGUUGUACCUGUCGAUGAGAGAAGCUCAGACCAGAAGGAGCAAGAAAAGUACGAUUCAAGAUUCCCCGGAUUUGUGGAUGUCGCUUGUGGAAACGGGGUGCUUGUCUACGUGCUUCUCUCGGAAGGUUACCAGGGCUGGGGAUUUGAUGCUCGUCGUCGGAAGACCUGGGGUAUAUUCCCCCCAUCAAUUCAGGAGAGACUCAAGGAGGAAAUAUACAUACCCAAGCCUUUUGCAGAUCUGUGCACAGGCUCGGAGUUGGACAUAGGUGUGAAGACGCACACAGGCAUGUUUGCAGAGAGCACAUUCAUCAUCUCGAAUCAUGCCGACGAACUCACAGUCUGGACGCCGCUAAUGGCUGCCCUCUCGAACCCGGCAUCCCCCUUACCGUUCAUCUCAAUACCUUGCUGCUCGCACUCGCUCUCCGGAGCCAGAUAUCGCUACCCGCCACCCAAGCCCAACAAAAAGGGUUCAGUUGACCGAUCAGAAGAUCAAGAGGUGGAACAGAAUCCCCAACCGGCAGCUGGGGACUUGAAAGCGCUCCGGGCUGUUAAACAGCAGGAGCGCACCGAUACUGGCACGGUCAACUCCAUGUACGGCUCUCUUACCGCCAAGACAAUGGGUAUUGCCGAAGAGAUCGGAUACGACGUGGAAAAGACGCUGUUACGCAUCCCUAGCACAAGGAAUAUGGGCGUGAUAGGCGGCCGGAGACGGACAACGCAGGAGUGGACCUCGAGGGUCCGUUCCGCAAAGGCCUCACAGGCAGUCAAAUGUAGUAAUCACGAUACUGACGGUGCUGCUGGCGCCGAGCAGGUCCUAGAAAGGGUCGCGGCGGUUGUCCAGCGUGAGUGUGUUCGAGAAGGAGGAGUCGAUGUGGCAGCGAAGAUAUGGAUUGAACGAGCCAAGGGACUCCACAAAGGACAAGGAAAGGGAAAUCAGCCUGCUCAUUGA